CUGUAAUGUUGUUAUAAUGAAUUAAGUAUCAUCAAAAGUGGUAUUGCCAAAAAUUAAAUAUUCGUUUUAAAUCAAUUAAGAACAAAAAUGAUACCAGUUUUAAAUACAAUUUUGGAUUCAGUCGUGGAUACAGUUGUUCCACCGACUCCAGCAUUUGAAAAUUUUAUUUAUCAUUGGGAAAAAUUUAUGAUCAACUAUUUAGAAUGGACUGCUGAUGGAAAAUUUUCUCAAACACACAUAGACCAAACUAAUGUCCCAGGUCAUCUGGAAAUUGUACAGCAAAUUAUUCUGUCUGAAGAUAAAAAUGAAGAAAAUACUACUAAUACAAUUAUGGAGUAUAUACUAAAGAACAACUUAUUCAGUAUGUUAGCAGGAAUGGCAGAAAAAGAAAAAUUAAUUGGAACAAAAAUAUUAAUUUUUAAAUUUAUGUCAAAUCUCAUCAGUCAAUUAAAAAAUCCAGUAAUAGCACACCAGUCUAUUUUUGGUCCUAUCCAAAAGUUAAUUAAUUUAAGUGAUUGUGUUUCAUAUAAUGAAUGGCAACAAGAUCAGAUUUGCUUUUUAUACACACUGUGUACAUUGUUAAGCAACCAACAAAAUUUAUCGAUUAUAUUUUUUUCAUAUGAAACUGAAAUUAUUCAUAAUAAGGAAUCAGAAAUAACCAGUAACCUACGUACAUCAGAUAGGAUAAAUAUCUUGGAUUGUGUUCUAUCUUACAUCAAUACAAAAGACACAGAAGUGUACAUUAAAUGUUGUGAUUGCAUAUUAAUGCUGACUAAAUUAAAUGAUGAAAAUGUAAUAAAUUCAAUAAUUAAAAACACCAAUUUAUGUGUAACACUAAGCACACAUUUAAGAAAUCUGUUUAGUAUACUACCAGCAACAUUAGACUACAACGGGCUAGAAGAAAUUGAAUUAAAUUGGAGGGAUGAUUACAAUGCCACUUAUUCAAAUGAUGUUACAAAAUUCUUUUGUUUUUUGAAUUUCGUUAUUGAGGUAAUCAAAAAUGGUCAGUUCAAAAUUACAUGUUAUUUUUGUGAUACAUUGAGAUUUUUAUUUUUGAAUAAAAUAUUUGAUACUACAGAAGAAAUUUCACCUUCCAGUGUUUUUUUAUUAAAAAAAAUUUAUAAAGCAGCUGUUGGUACACCGUUAAAUUACACCAUAAAUAAUUGGUUACGAUCUGAGCUUGAUUGUCCUAAUUACAACAAACAAACACCUAUAGACAUUUUAAUUAUAUUAUCUUCUAGCAAUGAUGAUUUGUUAGUUCUUUAUAUACUCAAUUUUUUUACGGAUGUAUUAAAUAAUUUUGAUAAAGACAUUUUUGACUUCAUGGUUUUACGCUUUGUUAAUAAUAGAAAUUAUUAUGAAAGAUAUACAUCAGGAUCUUGGAGUGACGAAGAAGAUGAAAGGGAAAAAAAAUUACUAUCAAAUAAUAUAAAUACUAACACUAGUCGAACUCUUGCACCUUCUAGUAUUGAUAGAAUAAUUAAUCGAUUGCUAGCAUUGAUUCCCCAAAACCUUCAAUCAGAUCCAUUACAUACAUUUAAAAAUCUUUUAACAAAUACAAAAAAUACUUAUGAAGAUAUAUUUAUAAAAUGCAAAAAAUUUAAUUGGCCUUCUGAAGCAUUGGAUACAGUUCAAUUAAAUGAUUUUAAUGAAGGCCCAUUUUUAAGAAUGAUUUUCCAAAAAAUCAAUAACAUACCAAACCAAGUAAAUCAUUUUUUUCAGAACUUGGCAAUAACCUGGCAUAUAAAAGAUAUUUUAAUUUUUUUAAGUUAUUUACCACAUCCAUACCUACAUGAAUUCUUAUUAAAUUCAACGUUACCAUUAAAACGUAAUGUACCUUCAGUUUACACCAUACUCUGUCAAGUGCUAAAAGAACUGCACAAAAAUAUUUUAACAAUCCCAAAUUUUAAUGAUGAAUUAGUUCAUGCAAGAAAACAAAUUUUAAGUAGCACACCAAAAACACUAUUAAAUGAAAAAAAUUAUAAAACAAUACUUUUUAACAGUACAAUACUUGUGGAAGAAUUAAAUAAAAAAUUAAUUGCUGUAAUAUUUAUUAAAUAUCAUCAUUCAAAUGAUGUUUAAUAUAAAUUAAUGUAAACAUUUGAAAGUAUUUAACUUAUUAUUCAUCUAUAUAUUUAUUAUAAAUAUUAGUUUAUGUAAUACAUUUUUGGCAUGUUCCAAUUAU